CGUGAACCUCCCCGGAGUUUCCCGGACUCAGGCUCAAGCCUCUGCAGGGGAGCUCCAGGCCUUGGCGGAUUCUCGCAGUGAACAGGAGUCAGGGAGGCGUCAGCGCAGUCCCGCGAAGAACGGGUAGGCGGAAGCCCAUAGCAGAGCGGCUGUUUUCCGGGACUGGGCUUAGUCGGCCGGCGGGUGACGCAGGCCGCGCGGCCUAGGCCGCAUGCGCAAGACGAGAGUGACGGCGGGCGGCGCAGGGUGGCCUGAGGUGUAAUCAGCAUGGAAAUGAUGCCAGCCCCAGCUGCCACAUAUGAAAGAAUAGUUUACAAAAAUCCCUCUGAGCACCACUACAUGAAAGUCUGCCUAGAAUUUCAAGAUUGUGGAGUUGGACUGAAUGCUGCACAGUUCAAACAGCUGCUUAUUUCAGCCCUAAAGGACCUGUUUGGAGAGGUUGGUGCUGCCUUACCCGUGGACAUCCUGACCUAUGAAGAGAAGACUUUGUCAGCCAUCUUGAGAAUAUGUAGCAGUGGACUUGUCAAAUUGUGGAGCUCUUUGACCCUGUUAGGAUCCUAUAAAGGCAAGAAAUGUGCUUUCAGAGUGACGCAGGUUUCUCCGUUUCUCCUCGCAUUAUCCGGUAAUAGUAGGGAACUAGUAUUGGAUUGAAUAGUCUUCAAUUUCAGAAACAUUCCUCCACUCUCAAAAGUACUUUUUGAUGCCAGCAUAAUGUUUGAAGACUGAAGCAGGGUAAAAACUCUUGUUGAGGGAGCUGAAGAUGUUGCCAGUAAUUUCCAGCCAUCUUUGGUGGGGUGGGCUUCGGAGGAGAAUCUGCCUGAACCAACCAGUGCUAAGCAGGCAGCACUUGCAGCAUUUGCACAUCAGAGUUGGAGACCGGGCUGAACUCAGCAGGGCCUUCACACAGAGGGAUGUGGUUACCUUCUCAGAAUUAACAGGGGAUGUCAAUCCUUUGCACUUAAAUGAAGAUUUUGCAAAACACACCAAGUUUGGAAAGACUAUUGUACAUGGAGUUUUGAUCAAUGGACUUAUUUCAGCUCUCCUGGGUACUAAAAUGCCCGGGCCAGGCUGUGUGUUUCUUUCCCAGGAAAUUAAGUUUCCAGCCCCUUUAUAUGUUGGAGAAGUUGUUUUAGCUUCCGCGGAAGUGAAAAAGCUGAAGCGGUUCGUUGCUAUUAUUGCAGUGUCAUGUUUUGUAAUAGAAAGUAAAAAGACUGUUAUGGAAGGCUGGGUCAAAGUUAUGGUCCCAGAAGCUCCCAAAUCCUGAAAUACAUGUUUAAAGAUUCAAGUUCAGGCAUCAAUGUUACCAUUACUGAAGAGCCUCUGAGAAAAACACGGAUUGCUGCUCUUCAACAAGGAAUGGCUAACACCUAGCAGCCUCUAUUGGGGGAGGGGUGGAGGUAGAGAGGUGUCAUGUGCACUUUCCAGUUUGGCUUAUGCUUCACACAGACUUGAGUAUAUUUAUCUGUCGGUUUUUUUGUUUGUUUUUU